GCCCACUUACUUACAUGUAGGUCAAAGAAGAAAGAUGUCUGCCUGUAGUCUUGUCCGCUGCUGCAUGUCUUCUAACUUUUCCCCACUUUUCCCUUUAUUAUCACGCCCGGUACAGCGUUCGUCUAAUCGGUUUUGUCCUAAAGUCUGGCUCCUAAGAAGCAUUUCGUCGUCGAGCCGGUUGUCUGCAGCACUCAAAUUCACAGACAAGCACGAAUGGAUUCGUGUAGGAGACGACGGACUCGGGACUGUCGGUAUCAGCAACUUUGCUCAGGCGGCCCUGGGUGAUGUGGUUUACUGUGGACUGCCGGAGGUGGGAACCCAACUUGCCCAACAAGACGAGUUUGGUGCUCUGGAGAGCGUUAAGGCUGCUAGUGAGCUUUUCUCUCCAUUGACUGGGGAGGUGGUGGAGGUCAAUGCGCUACUGGCUGACAAACCAGGCCUGGUCAACAAAUCUUGCUACAAAGAUGGAUGGUUAAUGAAGAUGACCAUUGCCAAGCCUUCCGAGUUGGACUCCCUGAUGGACGAGGCGGCUUACGAGCGAUACAUUCGCUCCAUAGAGGACUAAAACCCGUUCACACUUACCUCCUCAAAACACCCGCUCGGCCACUCUGCCAGUGUUGUGCAAAUGUGAAUAGCUGCUUAUAAAGGUUCACUUUAAGGAACCUCAAAAAAGCCCCAAAACAAAGAAGUGAUGUUCGAGUAAGUCACGUUUAUUUCCUUGAUAUUUCAGUUGAAGCAGGCAUAAGUGUCCUGGACAUGAAAAGCACUUUGAAUUUGUAUGUACACUGUGGACAACUGUACAAUAAACCCAUGAUUAACAAAAAAAAUAUUUCUUAAUAUUUUCACGUUAUUGUUCAGAACUCUUGCAAGAAAUAUUUUGUAUUGUAAGCUUCAGGCAUUCUGCCACUAGAUGUCAGCAGUGAACAAACUAGCCACUAUUGGUUCACAAAGUUUUGUAUGUUUAUUAAUGCAUCGUUUUUUGUCAAUCAAAUAGUGACUUUAAAAUGUUAAUUUGAAGAUCGGGAUGUCUUGUUUUAUUGUUUAACUGGGACCUAAUUACCGGUAGUUGAAUGUUAGUAUUUGCUUGUCUGAUAACCCAAGUUAGCCGUUCAAUAGGAAGAAAGUGCUUUUCCAAAUUCUCAAAUGUAUUUUGUUUUUAUUCUAAAACCAUCUCAUCAUACUACCCAUAUAAA